AUGGAGACAAGUCAUGAAUUACACCAUCUGGAAGCUCCACCUCCUCCCGAGCAACACCUUGAGCGCCUCCUCGGAAACCAUGAAGACGACGAAGAGCCUCCUCUUAUUUCCGGCCAGCGCUCCACCUCCGAGUUAGCACCACAGCCAGAGAAGCCUCCAACGGCGCGAGUCUCACCACGUCAGCGUGCGCGCUCAAAACUGCAUUCAAUAGCCUGGAAAGUGGAAUUCCUCGCCUGGAUAGCCAGUGCUUGCUGCUUCAUUGCUCUUGUCAUCACAUUAAGAGUCUUUGAUGGGCAUCCGUUGCCGCAGUUGAGAUUCGGUAUUAGUCCUGGGGCCAUCAUUCAACUGUUGUCGGCAAUCGGUGAAUUCUUCUUGGAAACAUCGUUUGCAUCUGGAUUAGGCCAGCUGAAAUGGUUGAAUGCGUUGCAAAAGACGCCGUUGGCCGACUUUCAUACGAUCGAUGAAGCCAGCAGAGGAGCUUGGGGAAGUGUAGUUCUCAUUGCAAAACGCAGAGGAGGUCUACUGGCUUCUUUGGGUGCCUUUAUUGUCAUAGUUGCCCUGGGCAUCGGCACUUUUGUUCAACAAGCCUUGGACUAUGACACCAUCUACCCAGUCUCCGGAAGUGCUCUGAUGCCCAUUGCGCAGUUUAUGAACGGUGUUGGUUCAGCGCCGAUUGGAAAUGGAGGCACCAAAACGGGCAUCGAUUCUGUGCUCACUUCAGCUCCCUACCUGGCUUUCUACAGUCCUGCCGGUACAAACUUCACUGCAACGGCGCAUUGCAGCACCGGCAAUUGUACAUGGAGCUCCUACCAGACGCUGGGGUUUUGUAAUACGUGCAAGAAUCUGACGUCCCAGUUGAAAAGAAAGAAACUUCACAUCAUUCCUAACAAUCUCAAGGAUGAAGCUUACAUCACAAACACAUAUGUUUUGCCAAACGGUUUUGGACUGACUGGCAUUCAGCCAGGAGACAUGAUCAAUCAAGUCGGUUUCAUGAUUACAAACGGGAUCCUCAACGUAUCCACGAUCAAUACUCCAGAGAAUUGGGCUUCUGUCGCGUUUUCGAACAGGGGAUCUGUACUAACAAGCGUCCUCGCGGUUGCUGCCGCUCCUGGUACGAUUCCCGAACAGCCAGAUCAGACCAUGACGGAGAUGAAGAUGACGGGGUCCAUGUACGCGGCCCCAGUAGCCUAUGAAUGCCUGCUACAAUUCUGCGUUCGCACCAUGAACGCUACUUUUGUUAAUGGCACGCUGCACGAGACUGCCCUUUCAACCUGGACAAAUGAAACACAGGGUAUAGUUCCUGAAACUAGGCAUUAUGUGCUUCGUCCGCCAGGUUCCUCAGAUGAGUUUAAGGCUUCGAGCGCUUCAAGGGAUGCGAUGAUUCCUUGGCUCAACUCUCUGCUUGUUGGUAGCGCAUAUUCGUCCAAUCUCGAUUCAUUCGACUCUGGCUCUUCCUCUGAUCUUAUACGAAUGGUGCGAACAGCUAUGAAUACCUCAGAGACGGGAUUUCCAGAUUUGAUGGACAACUUGGCCCACAGCAUGUCUCUCAGCCUGCGGAGUGCAGCAUACCAACCGUCACCUACAAAUGGGCUAGCCUUUUCUCCAGUUAGCCACGCCGUGGUGACGUGGGAAUGGCUGAUUUUGCCUGCGUUUGAACUGAUAGCGUCGUUGGUGUUCUUGGUGCUAGUUACGCUGAGGACGAGAAAGGCUGGUCUCGUACCGUGGACGAAUAAUAUACUAGCAAUCUUUUACCACGGGUUUGACCGACGACCUAGCAUGUCGGGAGUUGAUGAUAGUGAAAGCGCUUUGGAAGAGGAAUCUCAUGGGUUACUCGUUCAAUUUCAACCUAGAGAAGAGAGAGGAAGAUUGGCUAUUGUCAAUGGGCCCUAA